AUGACUACUGGUUUCAUUAAUAUUGAUAGCAGUUCCGACUCGGCAAGUGAGGCUGGCGAUAACACGGCAAGGUAUAAAUACCAUCAGUUGUACAGUGCAAUUUCAUAGAUAUACAGUAAUCUGCGGGAUAGCAGGAUUAUCUAAUAUUUUGGAUUAUCUAAAUUUUAUUAUAUAAUUUGUACUAGACAUAGUAUGUAUAGUACUUUAAUAAUAAUUAUUAUAGUUUAUACUGCAGAACUUCUUCUUUAUCAUAUAGAUAUUAGAUUUAUAGAAACAGUUGUGACAAAAGUAUCUCGGCAAAUACAAAAUAUUGAGAAAUUAUGAACUAGAAGCGAUUAUUAUUGCGCCUGUUGUAUUAUGUAUCUAUUGUUCAUCUUUGCAUAAUAGUUUAUACUAGUACUGUACUGUAUUGUGUAAUUGUUUACUCUGUUACAGUAACGUUUUGUUAAUGUUAUUUUUGAAAGACAUUCUUCGGCUAUUCCUAUAUAUCACUAUGUAAGUGCUUAAGUUAUAAAGUGCUAGUAGAUGGACAGGAAUAUUUGAAUGGAAAUUUACACACCUAUUCAGUUGUGUCUGAGAGGGCAAAAAUCUAGUCUAUGUGCUUCAGGUAGUCUAGCAACUAUUUGUCACGUAUAUUAAUACUACCAAUUAAUGUACCAUGCACUCAUAUUUUUAAAAAGUAUAUGACUAUGAGCGUUUUCGUGUUCACUAUGGCUGAAAACAUUUAUGAAAAACUAAAAUUGACUGGGGCGGACCAUUAGCAAAGUGAUGGAGGGGGGGGAGGGCGGUAUUUUUUUAACUUGUACGAAUAUUUUUUUAAAAUGUUUUGCAUGUGUCGAUAUUUUUUUCAAACAUUCAUGGGGUACAAAGUUUUUUUUUCAUUCUGUUACCCGGACCCUGCGCGAUUUUUUUGCUCCCUCCCCCCAUCACUUUUCUAAUGGUCCACACCUAAGGCAGGCGCUAAACGAAAGCUUUUGUGUCGAAUUUUAAUUAGUUCAGUGUGAGAUACACCACUGCCACAGAUAAAAAUAGCCAGUAAAACUUCCAGCUUUUAAAGUUUGUAUCUUAUCUUAGGCAAUGAACUCUACACACUACAUUUCAUAGUUUGUAUAUAAAUAAUAUAAACUAGUCUUGCAACAAGAAAACAUUUAGACAAUAAAUUUCUAUAUCUUCUAUGUCAAUAUCACAUUGGUGAUCAAUGCUGAUCUCAUGAUACUAUUAUUUUUGCCAAAAGUUACGUACUUCAUGAAACCCCACGUCCAUAUGACGUUUCUCGUGGACGAAAUCGAUAUGUGACGAUUCCCUCUUUAGCGUUGAAGGUGACUUGCAAGAAAUUAUUCAUGUGCUCUCUUCCCCAGAGAAUAGUCCUGUUAAAAGGUGAGAAAAGGCUAAUAUUUUGAGCUAUGUAUUAUUAUGGGGUUUGUGAUUAUUAUUUGUUAACCAUUUUAAGCAUGUGUUUUUGUUAUCAGUAUAUUUCUUGUAACCAGUUUUUCCCUUACGUUCGUGUUAAGGCCAAGACACAGCGAAGUAAUAAGACAAAAGUACUUCAGUACAUGAGGUUUGUUUUAAAUGUUGCGUGUACGACAAAUUUUUCGUUUAAAUUAAAUGAAGACCUGAGAAGAGCUCUUUUAUUCUUUUUAAACUGUUUCUCCCUUUUUCAUUUUUCGUUAAAGUUAUAAUUCCGAGGAGCUUGCUUCAAGUAAUAGUUCAGAUGACGAUGACCAUAUCAAGUAUUACGACGACAAUGCAGCGCUUCCAAUUUAUUACUCAGGUAGAAAUCGUGGACUGGAUGUUGAUGAAAACGUAAAUAUAUUGUUGAGUCCAGACCUUGCUACAUCGCAGAAAGUAGCAACCGAGAAACCAGCCGCAGUUUCAAGAAGCAUGGCCUUUGUUCUUGAUAUCAGACACUUUAGAGACGUCAAAGAUGUUUUAGCAGACAGCUCAGGUGUUUGGACCAGUACUGGAACAAAAACAGCAUAUUGCAUACAAGACAAUUCCAGGUUUAUCAUGACCAAUGCAAACAAUUAUGGAAACGACGAUGAUAUUUUCAAGAUUGAGAGACGAUUUUUCAAACAUAAGGUGGAACAAGACGUAAAGAAGAAUUUGACCGUGAUAAAAAGUACGCUCGUAAAAAUCAUGCACUAUGACUACGUAAGCUUUGCUCUAAUUCACCAGUAAAAAUAAACAGUAAAAAUAUCCAGCACAAUUUUAUAGCAAAAUACCGAUUUGUCCAUCCAGCUGUACGGCUGCUAAAGCUUGUGAACCUAUUCGGGAUUUCUUGGCCUCCAAAAGAAUAGUAUCCCAAAACAAAUCACAUAGAUAUAGUUUAUUAGUUUUUCUCAGUAGUUUUAAAUACACGCCCUGUCUUCGACCCAAAAAUAUAAAGUGUCUGAAAAUAUGUAAACAAAUGCCACACCAUCGUACGAUGUGACGUAUUUAUCUAUUACUUGCGGUUUCCUAUUUCCGGACAAACCAAGUAAAUCGAAGGAUUCAAAGACUUUUAGACAUAAGUCGAUCUAAACUCACAAUAUUUCUUGGCUGCCCAUGGCUCUCAAACAUAUUGCCGGAAUAAACGUCAAAAAAUGAAAACACCUUUUCGGCUUUUGGGACUCGAUCUUUCACAUCUUGCGCCUGCGAACUAUUAUUCACUAUUCGGCAACGUUUUUAUAUAAGAAAAUUCCGUUUACUGGAUGACCAUAUUUUUACCCGUAUUUGCGUUUUACGCUUUAGUUUCAUGCAUGGGUGACCUAUAUUCAAAUUUUAAUCACAAAUAGUGUCGUGAUGUUGCCAUGGCAACUCUAACAUUGUCAAAACCAAUAGGCCUUUCCAAGGUUUCUGCCGCCAUAUUGCAGGGGUUGCAAAAACAUUGGGACGAGCGCGCGGCCACCAUACUGUUUCCGAUUGAGUGAGUGAGCGCCCAUACUAUUUCCGAUUGAGUGAGUGAAAAUUACCUUUUGACAUUUUGUCCUUUUUCUCCAAAAAUUUCUAUACAAGCAUAUCCAAUUUUUAUUUUUGGAUAACCGCUGGUUUUUUUCUGAUAUGUGGCUGACAUUUCGUACUAAUCGAAGAACAGGAAGUAAUAAAAAACGGCGGCUUUUGUUGCACACCUUGACCAACGUUUGAGCGGUGAUUCUUGUUAUUUCGUUUGUUUAACUGAUCUUUGGAAGAAUAUUUGUCCAUUAAGUGUGUGAGUCCUUUGGUGUCCGCCAUUAUCACUGUUUAUGUUUGUAUAUUUGUACAAGAAUCAUCGCUCAAACGUCGGUCAAGGUGUGCAGCAAAAGCCGCCGUUUUUUAUUACUUCCUGUCCUUCGAUUAGUAAGAAAUCUCAGCCACAUAUCAGAAAAAACCCAGCGAUUAUCCAAAAAUAAAAAUUGGAUAUGCUUGUAUAGAAAUUUUUUGAGAAAAAGGACAAAAUGUCAAAAGGUAAUUUUCACUCACUCAAGAGGAAAUAGUAUGGGGGCCAUUGGUGGCUGCGCGCUCGCCCCACUGUUUUUGCACCCCCUGCAAUAUGGCGGCAGAAACCUUGGAAAGGCCUAUUGGAAAAAAAAAUUUGUGAUAAACGUGAAUAGGCCUUCAUUAUAGGAGAUGUUAGAUAAAUAGUCCUAACGGUUGGGAACCAGCUUGUUGAACGAGAUAUUAUCGAACAACAACGUUUAUUUGGAUAUGCGCACAAACGUCGCAUUGAAUUUAAGUAGUGAAGUAUUAAUUCUAACUCUUUUUUUUUUGCAAAACAGAUCGUGAUGGGUCGCCGCACUAUUAUUGCUUCCUGCAAUAUCAGUUUACCAGUGGGGAAAAUAAAAUAAAACCUCAAACACAUGGGAACGCGUCUGUUUCCACUCGUCCAUUUAAACCAUCCGAGGCUAGCACGAAGACGCGCUUGAAACAGCUGGUUCAGACAAGCACGCCAAAAGCAGCAGUCGAUCUCCUUUUAGAAGAAAAAGGAGGGAUUGAAAAUAUUAGCUCUGCUGGAGAAUUCGCUAGGGAUAGACAACAAGCAGCAAACUUUAGGCGAGGAGUUAAAGAAAAAGCAAAUCGAGUAUCCUCCUCUUGUCCAGACCCUCUUGUUGCCGUCAUGGAUAAAUGUAAAAUGGAGCAACGAGAUCCUAAGUUAGUUUUCAUUCGUGAAAUCAGCUCUGCCCCCUAA